GCCGUUUUAAAGCGAAGAAACGUACCGUUAAGAACAAUGACGCAACCGCAAACACCUCCCCAUACCGUCGAUAAAAAUGGUGUGAUUCCAACACUACCUAUAAACGCUCAAGAAAAUACCGAAAGCCAAGACACCUCUUUCACCUCAAAUCAAAAUAUGGAUGUUGAAACAAAUGCAAAGGCCCAGUCUGCGAGUAUAAUUGCAAAAGCUUGGCGAAAUCAUAGAACACGGAGAGAAAAACAAGGCAAAGUAUUAUCUCCCGAAUCUCGUGAUAAACUUCAUGCUGACAAAAAAGCUUGCUUGCAUUUGCUCGAUGAUGGUUCAUGCCCAGUAUGGCUUAAAUGGGAAGAACUAUUAAAUGCCGUUGAAAGCCAAAUGCAUCGGAAAGAUUCAAAAAUGGCAUUUGCAGUCGAUGUUGUUGAGCGCAUUGGAAAAGGCUCAAGUAGUGUUAAAGAUCAUAUGUGGCUUGUAUUGGAUACAGAGCACUGGUUAGAGAUCUGUGACAACAAACAUAGAUAUGGAGCAAAUUUAAAGAUUUAUCAUGAUUAUUGGCUAAAAACUUCAACACCUGAAAGUUUUUUCAUUUGGCUAGACGAAGGCGAAGGCAAAAAUUUGGAUCUUAAAGCCCGUCCACGUUGUAAGCUCGAAAGUGAGAAAGUAAAAUAUCUUUCAAAAAUAGAGCGCGCUGAUUUUGAA